ACGAGCGGCUGGCCGAGCAGGUCAAGCAGGCGCGCCAGGACAGGCUGAAGAUCGUCAUGGCGCACGAGAACGACCUCGACCGCGGCGGCUGUGAGUUCGCCAAGUUUUUUGAGACCACGCCGCAGGAGCUCAUCAACGCCGGGCUCUACAACGCCCUCGCCAUUGCCUGCUUCCCCGGCCUGCACCAUGAGGUGUCGCUCGUGCUGCUGGCCAAGGCUCUGGGCGCAACCCCGGUGAGCGUUCGCUCGAGCAUCCGCGACUCGCUUUCGAAUAUCGGGCGCUUCACUACCGCGCCUCGCGGCUCGACGACGUCCGACCCAGUCGUUACCGAGGAGGAUUCGCAGCUGGAGCAGGUGCCAGAGGUGGAGCAGGUGUAGAGGUGGCGAGCAACUUUGCAGUUCGGCUCAAGCGGCAAGGGUUGGACGCGCUCCCCACUUUCAGGAGUGCGCUGCAUGCUGAGGCUUCCUAGUAACGACGAGCUAACAUUAGAGACGACUCUCUCUCAUCCCCACUGUGAACAGUCGGGAUCUGUAUCUGCGCAGCUAAAUUUAU